UGUGUGGUUCCUUCCUUCUGUCUGGGAAACGCACCAUCUGCUGUAUCUGAAGCGCUUACUGCCUAAAGAGGUUAUGAAGUCAAACUCAAAGUCUGAGUUUCAGUCAAGCUGCUUUUAUCGCUGGAGCGAUAGACGGAGCGGAGCUGUUCUGGGCAUGCGCAGAAGCCCCGUUUCCAUAGCGCCGCUCCGAGCUGCGGAGAGCGACUCCAACUUCUGUCUCACGUCUGUCGGGGACAAAACCAAGGACACGGAACGAUUUGAUCCACGUUUCGACGGCUUUAUAACAGCUCCGUCUGUCCUGGCGUGUUGUUUUCAUCCAUCAUGUGGACUGCACUUUUUUUAGAGCACCUGCCUGUCUGCUAGCGUCACCUCCUGCCUUUUAUUUAAUCGCGACCUUAACGUUAUGGUCGCUACCGGAAAAAUGAGCUGCUUGGACCAACGGCUGAGCCGCACGGCUCCCAUGCACGGCAGCAGCAGGAGCGAGCUGGUGCCCUCCAGGCCCCCCAGGGUCAACGGGUGGUCGUGGCCCCCUCAGGCCUUCCAGGUGAUCGGCUGGUUCGUGUACUGCUACCUGGCCGUAGCCACCUUCGGCAUCUACGUCCCGCUUCUCCCUCCGCCGUGGAAGCUGGUGGCGUACGCCCUGACGGCCGUCUCGUUCAUCGUCCACCUCCUGGCCCACGUCGCCGCUGUGACCGUGGACCCGGCGGACGCCAGCGUCCGGGUCAAGCGGAGCUACACCAGCCCCCUGCCCCUGUUUGACCGCACCCGGCGGGCGCACGUGAUCCAGGACCUUCACUGCUACCUGUGUGACGUCAACGUUGGCCCCAAAGUGAAACACUGUGGCGUCUGCAACAAGUGCGUGGAGGACUUCGACCACCACUGCAAAUGGCUGAACACCUGUGUGGGAGGCAGGAACUACUGGUACUUCUUCGUGGCGCUGUGCUCCGCCACGCUGGGCGUCUUCGUGCUCAUGGUGGUGGUGCUGUUCGUCUUCAUCCAGCAUUUCCUGAACCCCGGCUGCCUGCGAACGGACCCGCGGUUCGACAGGAUGCUGGGGAACGACACCUGGCUGGUGUUUCUCCCGUUGGCGCCCAUUAAGGCCAGUUCGGCCGGUCUGCUCGUAACCGCCUUCCUCACAGUCGCGCUGAGCGCCACCUGCCUGCUGCUGCUCUGCCAUCUGCUGGGGUUCCACCUUUAUCUCUUUUAUAAGGGCAUGAGCACGUUUGAUUAUGUCAAAAGGCAGCGCCAGAAGGAAAGUAGGGCCCAAGGCCCUGAAGUGGGGAAUCGCGCCGACGCCGGCGCCGGCGCCCAGAACAAGGCCCCGCGGAAUGUGUGUAUGUUCUUUGUUCUUCUACAGAACCAAGAAAGCUCCAUCGACUGUCAACCAGCUUUAUCACAGAGCACAAGUAGCUGCGACUUUGACGAUAAAGGUCCAGUCAGCAGCCGACUCUCAGGUUCCAUAUGUACAGAGUUGGAAAACUUCAGGAAAUCUGCAGAAAAUGAGAAUCGCUUUCAUUAUGGAACAGAAAAUCCUAAAGAGAACGCAGCAAGGGAAAUAUCUCUGAGCUGGAAGCCCAGCGCUGAUCCAGACCCUCAGGGAACCGCUGUGAGGUCUGUGGACAGCACCCCCGGCGUGCAGGAUCCUCUGUCCAGUUCAGCUAUGACUCAGGGUGACACUUAGCUGAACCUGUCAGUGCGUCCGAAUAUUCUGCUGUCAGGAACAAUUUAUUAUGAAUAUACGCCAGGAAACGGAGUCUCACAGUUACAGUGAAAUGGACAGGAGGCGUCGUCCUGGACCACAGUUCAUGCAGUCAGAAGACACCUGUUGAACCAUCGCUGCAUCAGCACCUCAUGUGUAGUUCAGGUUCUUUUAUAAUACAGACAAACAGCUGUAUUAUGAGAAGCUGCGUAGAGAGCCAAUGUUCAAACAGAAAACUGAAACAUGACACUUGAAUUUGCCUUGUGCCUGGCGAAUACUGGGAUUUACAUUAUAUGAACGUUUUUGUCAUUUAAAUAUUGACAUGAUGACCAAAGAGAAGACCAUAUCCAUUACCUUAUGAUGACACAUACAUAUACACAAAUAAAAAUAUCAAAACUG